UGGUUAACACAGAGGUUGCCAAGACAUCUAACAGAGUUUACAAAUAUGUCCACUCUGCAAUCGCUAAAUGGCUAACGUCGGUUUCCUUCCUGCGUCUAUUUUAGGUCGGGCUUCAUUUAUCUUAUUCUUUAUUUGGUUGGCCCGCCCGCAGAACAUUGUUGUUUUUCAGCCGUCUUUUCUCAUCACAAACGGACCAAAACUCUCCUCAUUUCUACUCGGAAACACAUCAGGAGUCUCACUGAAUCUGAGGAGGGUUUCUGCUUCCAACACAACAGGAACCAUUGGUUCAUCAUCAUGUGUAGCAGAAGCAACACGGUGGGCACUCAAAACGGAGCAGAUGGGAAAGAGUGCAGUUCAAGUUCAUCUGACAUUGAGUCAAAGCCUGCGUUUGUGUGGUGAGAAUGAAACAAAUGCUGACUGCUGCUUAAAACCGUUAUGUGUCCUGGAGACCUUUCAGGUGUCUGCCUGCGUUGGGAGCACACCCCUGGCAUCAUUGCUGAUCCAAGCCACCAUAAACGCCCGGUUAUUUCCUGCUAACGCAAGCUCUGAUAACAAAACAGUAUUUCCAAACCAAGUGUACCAACCGCUUGGCAUUUGUCCAUGUGACUUGACAUCCAGAACAUGUGACGCACGCUGCUGUUGUGACCAGGACUGUUCCAAUGAAGAACUAAAGCUUUUUGCAUCCCACUGUCUGCUGGGACCCUAUGGGGGACAGGUGUCCCCUGCUCCAGAUUACCAGUGCUCCAUGCAGUCUGCUGAAAACUCUCCAGACUGGUUUCCAUUUUUAUGUGUCACUUCUCCACUUGAAAACAACCCCUACCUGGGUCUUUUCUACCAAGGAGACACAAUUGCACCCAGGCCGGGCCCAUCUUUCCGAAUGCCUCUGCUGUCUGCUCCUGUGCCACCUCGUAUUUAUAUUCAGGGAAGUCCUGUUGUCACAUCAGAUGACAAGUACUUCACUAUACCUCAGAUGGUCUUGGGACGGUGCAUAAAUGGUGCUCCUGUGGCCUUUCUCCAAAACUUUAAAGUGGAAUGUGUAACUCUCAUCCGCUCAUGUCCAACCGGUCCUCCGAUAAAAACGCAGCAAAAAGAUUUGAUCACUGAAGUGCUGAAUGGGCAGGGUGGUAUUAUUAUGGUGAAUUUAACUGAUGAAGCUGAUAAAAGCCUGUUCCUUUCAAGAGGUCAAGUGGAUAUUACAUCUGAGACAUUGGUGUGUGAAAAUGUGACCUUAGCGCUGGAUUACAAAUUCUACUGGAAAGGAAAUGGCAUCACCAGUAUCUCCCUGACGCGCACUGUUGGGACCAUCGUCUUGAAUGGAAGUUUGGCAUUAACUACAAGAUAUUCUGCUGUGUUUCUAAAUGGAGAAUCUGUGGCUGAGCCCAACUCAGGGAACCCAGGUUAUCAAGUGAGAAGACCUGUUAUUGCUGGUAUCUUGGACAACAAUACUGAGUUAAUGCAGAGGACACUGAUGAAUAUUUGGAAACCAGUGGGAGAUGGACUCUGUUCCAGUGCCAGCGUGAAGCCAGUUGUGUUUGGAGAGAAUUCAACUUCAGGUUGCUUGCUGCCUAUCAGGCAACGCAAUAUCACUCAGUGCGACCUCCUGAGAGAGACUGUUGCUGAUCUGCAGGCAGGUCUAACCACGGCGACAUAUGUAGCACAGCGUGGUAACCCAGAUCUUACAAGCAUGACAGACUGGGUGAACAUCAGCUUUGUGACACGGAACGUAAACACAUCGACAGGCGCCGCUGCAGGUGUGUGCGGUGAUAUCCCAUCCCACCAACACAUCAGGGUUUGGAGCCUCACCACCAGCCUGGUAGAUGGAAUACCCCAAAGAGAAAUUCAAGCUCUAGAAGUCAGUUAUAGCAUGUCCACUUGGGCACUGGAUUGUGGAGGAGGUGAUGUCUCGUUAUAUGAGAACCUAGAAGAAAGUCAGUUGUUCCCAAUCACCUCCUCAGUCACUUUUGUUGACAUUCCCAUUAACACAGGACCACCCAAAACCAGGUUUCAGAUCAACUUUACAGAAUAUGACUGUAACAGGAAUGAUGUGUGUUGGCCUGAGCUCGCCUUUCCCUUCACCAGAUAUUAUACAGGUGAACCUUAUUCCCAGUCGUUGGCUAAAGGGAUGAUCUUGGUUUUCAUGUUUCUUGCUGCAGCAAUUCUUGGAACUCCAUGGAGACAGAUAAGACAGGCCUGGCACAAUGCUUGACUCGAAUAAAUGCUUAGAGAAAAUGUGAUGGGUGACUUUCAGGUAGACAACGAAGGUGUAAGAUACCAAAUAGUCGUAUAAUGCUCAUCUAUCUGUGAAAUGUUGUUACGUAUUUUUGUCUAAUUAUAGAUUUUGUACCUGUAAUUUUGUAAAUAUUGAUGUGUGUAUUUGUGCACUUAUAGUGUAUUUGUAUAUUUUGGUAAUAAAGAUGUUUUUCAAAUAAGUUUUAAA